CAUCAAGAUUCCAUAAUAGGCGAUGGAGACUCGUACUGGACUCGAGGUUGAUCCGUAAGCUUAGUGUCAUCUUUGCCCAGAGCCAAAACAACAACUGACAAACUAUACUUUAAAAUUGUUUGUAGCAUAGUUUACCAUCUAUUAUGCGGAGAAUGAGGUUGUUUUUCCAACAAUGUAAUCAGCAUUAAUCAAUUAAAAUUACCAAACAGUGAUAAAUUAAUUGAAAUACUCGCUAUAAACUCGGAGUGUUCUUUAUUUCAAUGAGAGAUAACGUGGUUAUGAGAGUGCAAUGGACGGGCGGAGGGAGGUGGGUUGCCGGAGGUGGAGCUUACUAAGGAAUAUAAUCAUAUGCUGUUGCUGAGAACUGACGCCGUCAACAAGAUGUCGGCAGUGUCGGUCGUAGCGGGCUCCGCGGUGGCGAUGAUCGGCGCCAACCUGCGCUUCGGUUCAGCGGGCGCUUCCAACUCCUCUGUGGUUAACAACACGAGGCUUUGCCCUCCAGGGGGAGCAGCUAGCGCCGCCGCUCUCCUCGCCCUCUCAGGCCUCGGUAUGACCGCUAACAUCGCGCUCAUGGCCGUCAUACUGAGCAAGAAGCAACUGAGACGGUGGUCUCACGGCCUACUCUUCCACCAGGCGAUGGUAGACUGUGCCCGCGCCGCCAUCCUUCUACCUCUGGGUAUAGCGGUGUUCCGAUGUCAACCAGUCUAUAAAUGUUCGCUUGUGGAAACUGCGUUUUUAUUACUUGUAACCGUCUCAACGGUCAACAUGCUCACGACAGUUCUCAACGACAGUCCCAUUUUCCCCGAAAACGAAGAGGAGCAGGCUGAUUUAUCGGCGCCUUUAUUAAUGGAUAGUCCACAAUGCGUCCUUUUCGGAACUUUUAUGAUAUGGUUUGCGUCAAUUACCAUUAACCUCGGACCCACUUUCUUAUCGGGAGCGUUGGCCGCCAGUGCGGGCUCUUACGGCUCCUAUGGACCGUCACCGUCCUGCCCCCUGGUUCGAGGACCGUUCAGACAUUACGUUCUCAACGCCCUCUGGAUAGGAGUUAAUGCCGUUUGCGUCGGAUUGACAUUAUUCCAUUUACGAAAGCUCCAUCGGGACCUCACAAAGGCUAACGUAGAGGCCGUUCGUGUCGCGGGUUUAUUGACCACGCUGGUCAGCAUGGCUGGAGACAGUCGCCGAAUGGAUUCGCUCCCCAACAGUGUCGGUCCGAGGACCGUCGAUGGUGCUUUAGCUGACGGUCACUGUCGUGUCAGGGGCAGCGCCAAUCUACCGCUGGGAGGAGGCCGGCGUCUCCGGGGAUAUCUGGCGAGAGUCGAGCGGGAGGGAGUCAGACGAGUGCGCAUGUUCCUCGUCAUCACCGCGGCCUAUAUUCUAUUCUGGGGACCUUUGUUCUUUAUUACUCUUUUGCAUCAUCCUGCCUUGACCUCACAUGUGGCCUAUGAACUAUACUUCCAAAUAACGCUGCAUAUCUCGUACGUGCACGCCGCUGUCAACCCGCUACUGUUCUUGGCGCUUCAUCGAGCUCUGCGCCGCGCCGCUUUGCAACUCUGCUGUGGGUGCUGCGUACACUGGAGCCAGUUCGUUCUGGCCCUCACCGCGGCUGCCCAGUCUCCCCUGGCUCCGGCGUCUUUCUCUCCGGCUGCAGCGUCCCCGGAGCCUCCACCCGCGCCCCCUCCCCCGGCGCCUCCUCACGCUCCGGCGCCACACACGAUGAUGAGUUGGGAGGUCGAGGAGUGUGAUGCAGAGAGUAUGUCGAGUGAACGUGUGCAGGGAGACGAGGAUAUGAUGGAGUGGACCGGCGUGCGGCGUCCGCGCUCGCCGAGCCCGCUGCUGCCGGCGCUGUGAGACCACAGUGACGUCAUCGAUGACGUCGACCGUGACGUCCCACGACACUCGAACAAAACUACUACGACUAUUCCUCGGAGCGAACUUUUAUUGUAUUCUCGAUGUUAGUCAGUAUUGAUAUCAUAUAAGAGCUCAAUUAUAAAAUAGCAAUAAACGACCACAAAUUAAUAUAGAUCGAUAAAGAUAUUUUUGUGAUGUUACUUUAACGACGACACCAAAUAAAGGGUAAACCCAUAUAAAUAGUUUUAUAAAUACUCGUAGAUAUAAGAGGAUCCCUCGUGUGUUUUCACUUGCAAAUAUUCUUCUUAGAUCAGGUACACGUACGUGUGUAUCUUAUUUGUUGUAAAUAAAUCGAUGUCGUGAUUACAUUAUCUAUUUGAGAGUCAGUAAAUGUUCACUUUUAAACUCACAACACUUUUAGACUUAAUUGAACACUAAUUUUAAAGUCACAGCCGUUUUAGAACUAGGGUCGAUAUUUACUUACGAUUCGACCGGAAAUAAAAAAGAAAAUCGAGAUAAAACCUCUAUUUCAAUUUUUUUGUAAAAGUUAGUUUUAGUUCGAGCUUUUAAACUCAAUUCCGACAUUGAGAACUAGUAGGUAGUAGAUAUAAAUGAACCUAAUGAUUAUUAAUAGCAUUAAGUUAUGAAUAUUACUAGUAGCUAUGAAUACUAGUGUCGUAUGAAAAAUAGUAUUUUUGUAAUACUUGAAUGAAAUAAAUUUAUUAUAAGUUGAUAAAUAAUUAAAAUUCUUGUAGAACUUUGCUCUGCUUUCACCGUUUUAUAAAAACUUCUUUAAAUAUUAUAUUAUAAUACAACAUGAAGAGUUCCUUAUAAUAAUGUUAGUUUGAAAUAAAUUAAAAACACAUUACGUAUUUCGAUGACGUAAAUUAUUAUUAAGUUAAAAAUUCCAUUUUUUUCGUUUUAUUCUAGUUAAUUAUAACGUAAACUUUCAUUAUAACUGUAAAUGUUUAAUUUUAUGUCUCAAUGCUUAUGAACAAAUACGCUAAAGGAUAUAUGAAGCCAGUGUAAAGACUGAUUUUAAUAAUUCAUUUAUGUUAUUUGAAAGUGCUGCGUCCCACUCGUUUAAACGUUUUAAGUUAAAUUGUUACAAAGAGUUAAACUUCAGAUACGAAAAUUAAAAUAUUGUAAUCAGAGUCGUCGAGCUCCCGCUGUUAACUUAAAUUGAACUUUAUUGUUCGGACUCGAAGUUCAAAAUAAAAGAUUUCCUCGCACGUUUCAACAAUUAUAAAGACGUUCCUCCUUUAAAUGAUGCAUCACCUCGAAUAUUAUUCAAUAAAUUGUUUAACUCUUGAACUACGUACGUUUAUUAAAAAAGUGAAUUAAAACUUAUAUUAUAUAUGAACACUUAUAAAGUAAGUGAAACUAUUGUCCGUUUUUGAUAUAAACUUAUACGUGAAUGUGUUAGUACAGAUAAGUGUAUAGAUUUAAACAUUUUGAUUCUCAUUAAAAUUUGAGCUCUAUAAGUAUAUUAAAAAUAAAUCAAUUCUCACUUCAUUUGACAACAACUUUAAAGUACGAGUAUAUCUUAAGAGUUUAAUAAAUGUAACAAAUUGCCAAGUUCGUGCUCAAAAGCUUACUCUCUUAUAUUUAAAUAUUGUCAAUGAUUCCCUUGUAUGUGUACAUUUAUUAUUAAUAUCAAAUUAUAUGUAUUUUAUUCCAAUGUAUGUUAGUUCGUGUAUUAGAAUAUGUUUAGAUUAAAUUUUACAUCGAUAUAUAAAAGGGUUGUACAUUAAUGAAUUUGUAAAACUGAGGAGACUAAAGGUAAAAUUAUU